AUGAUGGUGACGGUAGUGCUGGCUGGCGCGCGUUCGCGCUCUCGGUGUUCUGGAUCGGUGUUCGCGCGAUCGGCCGGUCCCUUGGGAUCGGCGCGGUGACAGCACCGGGUGGCACAGGCUAACAUCCUUAUCUCGGGGGAGCCGUGCGCCACGUACUCUCGUCACACGCUCUCGCCGACGUCUUCUCGGUUGGAGGACGAGCACCAGUUGCAGUCUCGAUCGAGUUGCGGUCUCGGCGACAUCACGACCCCCGACCUCGACGUGCGCGCGCGCGCGCGCGCUUCUCCGUUCGUCGGUGCUGUUUACUCGCUUUUCGCCGACGAACGCAUGCCUUUCGCGCGACGAAUGCAUUGUCACCGUAUAACCCGCGUUCAAGGUCGCCUCGAUAAUUCCUCACGGCAGCGAUCGCGGUCGAGUCGAAAUAUGAGUCUUCCUCCGCGCUCCAAGUCGCUCUCGAACGGAAUCCACCGCUCAACCACCGUCGUCACCGUCGUUCUCGCUGCUGCUCCGAUCUGAUAUCUCGAUCGAUCUGCGAUCGAUCGUCGCGGACACGACGCGCUCCGUCUCUCAUCGCCAGGGAGAGCGCGACUAUGAUACAGUGCGAUCGAGCGAGCCACGACUUGACUGAUAUAUCGCCGGAAUACACCGCGAGUACCAUAAUCGCCCAAGUCCACUUAGACGACCGAUAGACGACGGGUGAUCUCGUGUGAUCGAGAAACGCGAAUCCGACUCGGAGAAGCCUCGGUGCGACCAUGCACAUUGGACACCGGACGCGAUUGUUGUUGGAAGAAUUGUAAUUUUGACAGCGCGACUCUCGCGACGCGAAAAGUGCACUCCCGUGCGAGAGAUUGAUCUCAAUCCUAGUCGGCUGAUCUCUCGUCAUCAUGAUCGAGGAAGCCAUGACGUUCGAUAUGACGGACGAACUGCUGUUCUCUAGCCUGGGUCUGACGAUGGACACUGGUGUCGAGAGACAACUACUCUCUCCGACCAAGAUGAAUUUACCGUACGAUUACGAGGUGUCGUGCGAGGCUCCGCUCAGCGACGACUUCGGCCUGAUCAACAGUCAGUCGAGCAUCGCGACGAAUCCAAUGGAAUGCUACACCGAUUUAACUUACUCCACGAAGUCGUUGUGGAACGACUGGUCGACCACCAAUACGUCCACAUCGUCAGGUUGCCUGAGCGAAUUGAGCGAACUGGACUCGGAACUAGACUGGUGUUUGGAGAAGAGCUGGAACUCCGGUCUGCCGGAAAGGACGCCGCUGUGCACCGCGGGAUGCGAAGGAUUUCUGCAUCUGCCGCUGCCGAAUCCGCAGCAGACGCCGCAGUACGAGGAGCCGCUGCUGGUGCUCGGGAUCGACUUGUGCACGUUGGAGAACACGCUAGGAACUAGCGCGAUAGAUUACAACAACAACCAGCUAGACGACAGCCUCCUAAUCUCGUCAGCAGCUACCGCCGCGUUGGCGACGCAUGAUUACACCAAUCGCAGCUUAGCGACUGCGACCGAGGACCGGUGCUUCCCGUGUACUUAUCAAGGGUGUGUGAAGGUCUACGCGAAAGCAUCCCACUUGAAAGCUCAUUUGCGCCGACACACUGGCGAGAAACCGUUCGCGUGCACUUGGUCCGGGUGCGGAUGGCGUUUCAGCCGAUCGGACGAGCUGGCCAGACACCGACGGUCGCACUCCGGCGUGAAACCGUAUCAGUGCGAGAUGUGCUCGAAGAAAUUCGCGCGCAGCGAUCACCUGGCCAAACAUCGCAAGGUGCAUCGGAAGAACGCCUAUCCGUUGUUCCACGGGGCUAGAGGACUGCGCGGCGGCAAGAUGAAUGUUCUACCAGCGGAGAUUUAGAACCGACGCGGGUCGAAAUCGACAGGCGAACGCGUUAACGCACGCGACAUACCUUCUAUAUAGUAUAUAAGAAGAUCGACGCGUACAGUGCUUAAAGUACGUAAACACUAGCUAACAUUGAGAUAACUUGUCGAACUAGUAACGGUUGUUCUUAACGCUUACAACGACUGACGGUCGAUGGAAGGUCGAGAACUAGAUAAAACGUUGUUCAUUUUAUUCAUAAAAAUCAAUUAGAUGAUGCUAAAAAGAGUUCGCGUCUCUAUCUGCUGCUCGAAGCACAUUUAGCACAUUCUGUAACUUCCAGAAGCGUAUUUCUUAGUCUAUCGAGCGUUAAGAACUACUGGAUGUGAACUGUUCGACAGAA